AUGGUGAACGCCGACGAUCUUCUACAAAUAUGUCCGGGCCUCAUCGAGAUUUACAGCGGGAAUGCGCUGUUCAGCCGCUAUCUCGUCAACAUCCGGGAGGAAUUGGAACAAACUACCGUCGAGUUUGUUCGGAUCGUACACUUCUCUGUGCGAGAAUUCCUCAUGUCCGACGGCAUUUGCCGCGGUCCUGCCGCAGAAUUUAAACUAUCCCCAGCUUUGUGUCAUCAGAAAAUCGGUACAGCUUGCCUGAUGUAUCUCUGCGAUACGGAAUUCGUGCAUCGAAAACUUCGGCCGAGUCUUUCCGCAGACUUCCCUUUCGUCCACUAUGCCUUAGAACACUGGCACGUCCACGUGAAAUCAAGCAAGACGCAAACGAUUGAUAUCGAGGAUAUAUGGAGCUUGAAACUAUUCUCUGAAAAGGCAACGUUUCAUCGAUGGCUUAGUAUUUGUUAUGAAGGCUGGGCUCCCAAACCAGAACACCCCGUCGAAGACUGGAUGAAUGCUUAUUCUAUAUAUUCCGCCGCCGAAUUCGGCCUCUACAAACUCCUGUGCCAUCUAUUACAGAGCAACCCCGAUGUCAACAAGGAUAUCGGGUUCUUCGGCAGCGCGCUACAGGCUGCAUCGGCACAAGGCUAUGAAAAAGUGGUCCAGCGUCUCAUCGAGGCCGGAGCGAAUAUUGACAGCGAUGGCGGACACUGCGGAACCGCAUUAACAUGCGCAUCGAAAUGGGGUCACGAGAAUAUAGUCCAUAUGCUGCUCACCGAAGGGGCGGAUGUGAACGGUGGGAGGGGAAAUGUACCCGGUGCGUUACACGCUGCAGCUUCUGGUGGGUACGAAAAUAUAGUCCGGAUGCUGCUUCAACGAGGGGCCGACCCCAAUAGUAACUUCCGGAAGUUGAAUUUAAUACAAAUCUAUCGCACUGCAUUGGAGGCUGCGUCGGCUCAUGGGAGUGCGAGGGUGGUCGAGAUGCUGCUCCGGAAAGGGGCGAAAGUCAACACCAGCGGCGUAGGAUUCAGCGGCGCAUUGGUACAUGCCUCGGGCGAUGGCCGCGAGGACGUGGUUAGGAUCCUGCUCGCCGCUGGCGCUAAAAUCAACGGCGGCGGUGAACGGGAUAGCAACGCGUUGAAGGCCGCGGCGGCUUGGGGCCGCGUGAACGUAGUCUCGAUAUUGUUAGAAGCAGAAGCAAAUAUGCAGGGCGAGAUUUGCGACGCUGGCAGUGAUGGAGAAGAAGAAGAAGAAGAAGAAGAGGAAGAAGAAGAGGAAGAAGAAGAAGAAGGAGAAGAAGAAGGAGAAGAAGAAGGAGAAGAAGAAGAAGGGGGAGAAGACGAAGACGAUAUUACUGUCGAUGAAGAAUAUGAUGACUGGGAAGCUGUUCUAAGCGAUAGCAGUGACGACAAUCUAUAUGAGUACGACUUCUACUAUGAUCGAGACCAUACAGCCCUCACAGCUGCGUCACGUGGCGGGCGUCUCGACGUGGUCGAACUUUUACUCAAGGAGCGGAUGGAUCUUAUCGCUAGUGAUGGUGAAGGCUUCGGCAAGGCACUCUGUGUUGCGUCCAGAGGAGGCCGUCCAAGAAUAGUGGAAGUCCUACUCAAAGCUUGGGAGGACAAUGAUGCGCUCAGAGGCAUGCCAUUGCUUGAUCCAGCACUACAAGCUGCGUGCAAAGGUGGGCACGCAGAAGUGGUGCGGCUGCUGCUAGCAGCUGGGGCGGAUGUCAAUACUCAGGGAGCAUUCGAAGAGGCACAGCGAAGGGGGAAAAAGGAAGUGGUGAAGGUGCUUCUUGAUGCCAAAGCAGACGUUAACAAGCAGCCUUGA